UAUAAUACAUAGGCUACAUUCAUAAACCCGAUGAGUCCUAAUCUGGGUCCUGUUCCAGAUAAUUCCACGCUAGUGUAUUACGCGGUGCUCACCAUCGUGCCGAGCGCCCUCCCCAACAUCACGGACAUGCUCAGCUCUAUCGUGCUGGACGGACCGCCACAUAACGUUAUAGUCAGCGAUUUAGCGGUCACUACAAAAUGUGACGCGGCGGCUCUGUGCUCCUGUCAGGCCGGGCACGUAUGGAGCAAUGAGGUUUGUGAGAAGAAGGGCGAAUGUUGUAAUCCCACCAAUCCCACCAAGUGUAGCCCUCCGAAAGAUGUCGACCCAAUUUGCCAUCCAACGACCAGAGUCACAAUUUAUGGGUCGAUUUUUCUGAACAAUGUGAUAUAUUACCACUCCAUGGCCGACCCGAAUACUCCGAAGUUCAAAGAACUUGCUAAAAAUCUGAUAGAUAAGAUGAAACCUGUUUACAACACCCUGCUGCGAUUCGAUGGCAUACAGGUCACCGGGUUCAGGCUAGGUGUGUAUUCAUCCUUUGAGGUAUAUGUCAACACCCGAAUGAAUACAACGACCUUGGGGCAGAAAACCGCGGCAGCAGCGAAAGCAUUGAAAAACACCAUUGAAGUGGAAACUGAAGGCCUUGUGGACAUAAGCGCCCCCGAGCAGCCGGUGAAGCUGAACAGCAUGAUCGACAUCGUCUGCAAUUCGUCCCAAAGCGAUAUGGCGGAGUGGAAACAGGCCACACACAAAGAGGUCUCUCAGAUCACCAACGGAACGGAGUCUAUUGUGACAUCACAAGGACACGGGACCACCAAACUCACACUCAAACAAACAUCUGGAAUUUGGGCAGGCCUGAUCACUUGUACCUUCGGGCCAGAAUUCAUUACCGGUGUGAAGAUACUUCACAGAGCCAGUUUCAAACUGGAUGUCGCACUUCUGCCUCAAAUCGACAUCUUCAGCGACCCCCAGUUCCCCGAAUGUGGAAAAGACUCCACAGUGGUGUCUGUAAGAGUGAAAUGUCAGAUAAAGAACAGCACCGAACAGUACGGCGUACAUUGGAUCGUGAAGGGGAAUUAUUCACAAUUGGCGACAGGAGCAGACGUCGGGCAAGAUCCCAGGUCUUACGACGCCCAAAUGGCCUUGUCGUGUUUAACACAGCAUGAGGACCAACCGGCAGACAUGACAUGUGUGUUCAGCAAUAGGAUGAACCAAACACAAAAGGCCUCGAUUGAAAUCCACAUCAUAAACGAAAAUGAUCUGCGUUGUCAGGCGGGCGAGGAUUGGCCAGUCACGAAGGCCGGCUUCACUGCCAAGCUGCGUUGUGAGGGAGCUAGAGAGGGGUUUAGAUCACGGGAAUGUGACAACAACGGAAUUUGGGGGAAGGAGGAGUCAGAGUGUGUAAACCGCGACCUCUUCAGCAUUGCAGAACGCACUCAAGUGAUUGACAAAGGUCUCGGAUCCGUCUUCCUGAACGCCGCAAAGCUGUUUUCUCGCCUUACUACUGCUACUAACAACACAGAGAGCAUCAACAGUGUUUCUAAUCUAAAUGCGUCCGUCAACAUCCUCAACAACAUGCAAAACUUAAACACCUGGUUCAAUGAACUCACAUUAGAGGAAAUCGUGAAGUCGUCCAGCAACAUCCUGGACAUUCCUUCGCCGGAAGUUUGGAGGCCAGAACAACCUAUCGAUGCGCAGAACAACCUGUCGAUGGCUGAACUGUACUUGGCGUCUGUUGAGCAGUUGAUAAGGCAGACCAACAUAUCAAAGGAACAUGCCAGUGAGGCGUCAAAUGUACAGAUAAAGACUUGCGAGUUCCCGGGCUGUAGGGACAAUGUCUUCGGCGUCAACGUUUCCGUCGACGGGCACCAAGGCGUUGUGACAAUGGCGGGUUUUAAAAAUCUUGUCAACUUCUUGCCGCCCAUACAGCCCGACGCCGACCCCAACAGCAUCGUGGUGAUGAUGAGUGUUGACGGCAAGAAAGAGCAAGCGUUCAAUCGCGACCUCGGCAGUGAAGAAGUCUUGAUCCAGUUCAAGCUAACCAACCCGCGACCACGCAACCGUGAAAUGAAGUGCGUCGCCAUGGACGUAAAAGGGAAGUGGUCGCUUGACCCGUGCGUCUGGGCCGGUCCGAGAAAAGAAGGCAGCUGUAAAUGCAAAUUCUCUUCCGCGUUUGCCAUCCUCCUUUCAAGAAACGCUGUCAAUCUGCCGGCGCUGCGCGAGAUCACCUUCGUGGGUCUAGCCAUUUCCAUCGCCUCUCUGGUCUCGUUCCUGAUGAUCGAGGGCCUGGUCUGGAAGGCCGUGACGAAGUCUGUCGGCUUGUACUUGCGCCACAUCAUUCUAUUGAACAUCUCCGUGUCCCUCCUGAUCGGAAACUGCAGUCUCUUUGCAUCCGCAUUCCCGGGGGUCGUUUCCGACCUCUGGUGUCAGAUCUGCGUGGUCCUGGAGCAUUUCUUCUUCCUUGCGCAGUUCUUCUGGAUGUUCUGCCUCAGCAGCCUUCUGCUCUUCCAAACCUUGUAUGUGUGGUCGGAACUGAGCAAAGGUUGGCACCAGGGCAUUUGCUACUCAGUGGGCUACGGCGCCCCGUUUCUCAUCGUGUCCAUCACGUUUGUGUCCCACGAUGGCGGGGCAGAGGGGGAGUACUACGACGCCCAUAGCUGUUGGCUGACACACCACAGCAUGCUCAAGGGCUCCUUCUAUUCCUUCAUCAUACCGGUGGGCAUCAUCGUCUUCAUCAACCUUUUCAGCAUGGCCUUGGUGAUCGUCAAGCUGUUGAACCCCGUUAAGGGAUUAGGACCAGGAGGACAUGAAAGCCGCAGUGGUGGCCACGCCGCCAUACGCGUUCUCAGGUCCAUCAUCAUCCUGACCCCUGUCUUCGGAGUGACCUGGAUCUUCGGUUUUGCUAGUGUAGCCCUUGACCUGGCGGAAGGCCUGGCAGCGUCCGCUGCCUACUACAUCUUCAGCAUCUGUAACUCUUUCCAGUUGCCGAUCCCUGCCUGCCUGACUACCUUGCCUGCCGCCCAGCCCCUGUCGGUCUGUCUGGUCUUCUGUCCCCGGCUCCUGAUCCACCAGCCUGCCCUCCCGUUGCCGACCUCUGCCUGCCGACUACGCUCUUCCUGUCGAUCCGGUCCCUAAAUAAAGCCUUGUACCUAUCCUGCGCUAGUCGUCUGUCCGUGCACUUGGGUUCUGCUAAACGCCCCCGUUACACCUUUAUAAAGGCUCCGUCUCCAAUGUCUCCCCAGGGACUCUUCAUCCUGCUGACCGCCAGUGUCGGAGA